GAAGAGCCCGUCGUAAGGUUGUCAUCAGUGUGCGUCCUGGCUCCUGAAUGCGGCGGUCGUGCCGGUCGUUGGCGUAAGCUGUGCUUGACCGCCGUCUGCAGUUGCCAUGGAAUGUGAGUGCAGGUGGUUGUGAUUCCGCUGCGCGUCCUGCUGCACCGUGUUUCCUCUCGUCAACUGUUCCUUUCAACUAGACUCUUUAUUCGAUAAUUUCUUCAGUUCGGAUUGCAUUGUACUUCAGAAGAAUUGAUGGGAUCAGCGGCAGAUCAGAGAGACCGCCGGAGCAGCACGUCUGGACGCCCAACCACCUGCGCCUGAGUAACAAGUCGUACGCUCUGCAACGCCCCAUGGCAAAACUGGUCCUCCUGCAGCAGCUCGGAAUAUCAGUGCCUGAAAUCUACAGCAGCAAGAACCUAGAGCAGCAGCACGCGCUAGUCAUUUCCUCUUCACCCGCCCUGUGCACGCAGCCACAAUCUAAACUCGAACCCCUCCAGUGUAGUGCAGAGACCACCCCCCUGCGUAGUGAGUGCAAAACCCUCCUGACAUCCGUGACCCCAGUUGUAACAACACUCUUGCCCCCGUGUGUCGCACCAGCAUGUCUGUGGACACAGAGCCCAAGUCUCAGGUGCCUUCUGGCCAGCAGCUGCUAGACCAGCGUUGUUCGGUGCAGUCUUCAUCUUCCUCGUCGUCGUCGUCGUCGGGCGAUGGUCGUUGCCGCCGAGCCACACCACCGGACGGUGGCUGGGGUUGGGUGGUCGUGUUUGCCUCCUUCAUGAUCAACCUGAUCGCCGACGGUGUCUCCAUGUCAUUCGGCAUCCUCUUCGUCGAUCUCAUCGACUACUUCGAGCAGAGCAAGGGCAAGACGGCGUGGGUGGGCUCUCUCUACCUGAGCAUGCCGCUUCUCACGGGCCCCAUCGCGUCAUCACUGACCGACCGCUAUGGCUGCCGGCGCGUCUGCAUCGUGGGCUCGCUUCUAGCUGCCAGUGGCUUUGUGGCCUCCUACGUUGGCACGUCCCUCGAGUUUCUUUUUCUCACGUUCAGUGUGUCUGGAUUUGGCCUGGCCCUCUGCUACGUGACGUCCAUCGUAAGCGUUGCCUACUACUUUGAGAGGCGACGGUCACUGGCCACUGGUCUGGCUGUCUGUGGCACGGGCAUCGGAACAUUUGUCUUUGCUCCUCUGACCAUCCGCCUGCUCGAAACAUUUGCCUGGCAGGGAACACUGCUCAUUCUGGCCGGCUUCUUUCUCAACAUGGUACUUUCCGGUGCCCUCAUGCGAGACCUCGACCUCUUCGGCGAUGACGACGAAGAUGAGAACGGCACGGACACUCACGAGAAGAAGACCCUGCCCUCUGCCGGAGGUAGUGACCAGAGGCUCUGUAGCUCCCUCAUUCAGCUUCCGACGUACAUCACGGACCAGCGCGGUGCAUCCCUGGACGUGCUAUCCGAGAACUACAACAAGGAGAAGGGCCACCUGAACACACUUCUGGUACAGCACCCUAACAUCUGGAACACCAUUGACCCUAGCUCGACCAUCAAGAGCAUGCCACCCAACUUUGUGCUUCCACCGUCAAAGGCCAGUGCCGCCGCCGGCCCCACGGCAACUGCCCUGGCAUGCCGUGAUGGGCCGAACGGCUGGGGUGGUGAGCGCCGUCUGCAGCAGCGAGCCGACUCGGCGUGCCUGCGUAACAUGCGGCUCCAGCGGGGCAGCCUCACGUACCGCGGUGCCAUGCUCAACAUCCGCCGCUAUCGGCUGCGGGCAUCGAGCUGCCCCGACAUCUAUCGCAACAGCAUGUUGACCAUCAGCGGAGAGGACAAGACGUGCCAGUGGCUGAGCGACUUGAAGGAGGUGCUGCUGGACUCCAUGGACGUUAGGCUGUUCCUCAACGGCCGCUACACGCUGCUGUGCAUCUCCAACUUCCUGCUCAACGCGUGCGUUGACAUCCCCUACAUGUACCUGCCCGACAGCGCCAUCCAACUGGGUGUCGACAAGGACCGGGCCUCCUACCUCAUCUCCUUCAUUGGCAUCCUCAACACCUUUGGCGUGGUGAUAGUGGGCUACCUGGGCGACAAGUCGUGGCUGGAGCCGACGCUGCUCUACAGCCUACUGACGGCCAUCAGCGGAGCGGCCAUUGCGGUGCUGCCCAUGGUGAGCAGCUACGCGGCCCUGUCCCUGCUGAGCUCGGUGUACGGCUUCGCCAUCUCGGCCAACUACACGCUGGUGCCAGUCAUCCUGGUGAACCUCAUCUCACUGGACAACUUCACGGGCGCCUAUGGCCUCCUCUUGCUCAUCCAGGGAGUGGCCGGUCUCAUGGGACCUCCCAUUGCGGGCUGGCUGUGCGACACGACCGGCGCGUACGAUGCCACUUUCUACUUCAGCGGCCUGAGCAUUCUCGCCUCGGGCGUGCUUAUGCUGCCCGUGGCCAGCAGCUGGCGUUGCCAGAACCCCGCCUCCUUCAACCACCGCGACAACGACAGCACGUCCUCCUCUUCAGCGACCGCCGCCGCCGCCACCACUGCUGAGCGGCGCAAGCACGUCACGACGGUCCUCCUGCCGCAGAACGGCGCCAACCCCGCUGCGGCCAAAUUCGGCGAAGAAGAGGGAGCUCCGCACGAGACCGUGGCACUAGUCAGCAAUGGUAUCCAUGUGUGAGCUUGUCCCUCUGUCUUCUUUCCUCCACGCUCGGAUCUGGAAGCAUGACACCGUCGAGCCACGGUUGCGGGCUCACACAGUCAGACUUUCUUCUUCUUUUUUUUUUUUGCUUUUGUCAACCUUGGGCACUGCGUUAGCAGUCACGUGAUCUCCGGUCGGCACAUGGGAAAGUCAGACCGGUACAUCUUUCCUCACAUUACGUGGCAGCACAUUCUUGGCUGUUGCUGCAUGUGGUUUGCGUACGAUGUGAUGUGACGCCUCUGAAAACACGUAGCUCAGUUUAUUCAGUGCAGCAACCUGCUGGGAAUUUGAACGUUGCUAAGGCCCGGGGCCGCAUUUUGUAACAAUCCAUUUAACUUAUCUGUACAUUUUGUCCCGUGUCAUUGGCUCAUAAGUCACCAUUAUCACCGAGAUCGGCCACUCUGCGCGAUGGAUGAUAAGAAGAAUGGAAAUUAAACGGAAGUGGAUUGUUACAAGAUGUGACUCCAGGUUGCCUAACCUGUCGAGUAUAAAGACGAGUUCACCUUCUCCUUCAGAAUGCAACAGAUGCAACAAAGGCUUUCCUAGACAACACACGGAGUUGGAUGUAGUCACUUGCACAGUGGUUUUCCUUCUUUUCAAGUGCAAGCACAUCUUUUAAAGUGUGAAGCAAGCGGCAAUAGCAUGAAGUAAGCAAAUACAGUGAGAUGCACACAGCACCUGUCUUGUGUGUUAACAUGCUUCUUGCUGUCUUGUUGAUUUUUUGCCAUUGCCUCUCUUCUUGUUUGCUUGCAUUUUUUAUAUAUGUAUAUGUAAGGUCUUGUAGAAUUACAUUGAAGCUUCGAACAAUUUGUACUUACACCAGCUCUACUUUUACGCUUCUAUGUUGAGCAUGUACAACAUAUUGUAUUGGUUAACCACUGCAACAGUGGUUGGUCCCUGUGCCAUCGUGGUUUAUUACGAACAGUACUUAUAACAUGACGUACUAGGACAUUAAAAAAAGUGUAACGAAUCA